AUGUCCAAGAACAAAAGACCUCGCCUGGCGAAGAAGGCGGGCAAGGCAUCCCACGGAAAACGAAAGCGGGCAACCUCUUUGCCGGCUGUGGCGCCCGAUCACCGCACCCCUCGGGUGCAGCAUGCGGAAAGCACACCCGCUGCCCCAAAGUCCAUUGAAGACGUUGCUCGUCUGUUCAUCGGGGUGGGCAGAAGCAGCGACAACGGUGACAAAGCAUACGCGAGCACGGAGAGCAUCAGCCUACAAAUGAAGAAGGCAAAGGGCUCCAUGAAGCGACUCCGCGAAGGCGCAGAGAACGGGACAGGGGGAAGGAACUCAUCGAUGAAACGGCAAAAGGGUUCCACAACCGGUGCACUGUCGUUCGCGAUCACGAACAACACGGUGACCCUCGAGAGGAAGGCGCGCAGGCAGCCAAAAGUGGCGGAACGAUGCGAGGAUGAUGACGACGAGGAGGAUGUCGAACUGUCCAAAGCUGUGCAGGCGCAGACGCUGAGCUUUCUGCAGCACUUGAACUCGAAGAGUAGCAAAACCUUCUGGGAGCUGCGCGACGUCGCGCAGGGCAAGUUAUCCGCAGCAUCAGCCACGACUGCCACGUCAUCCUCGUCCCAACUCCCGUCAUCCUCGAGAACAAAGGCUGCGAAGGGCAACGCCAAGGGGGCGAAGAAGCUGGCAGAUGACGGUGAGGAGCUAUGGCGCGUUGGUGGCCCGUACAUCUCCGGUGACCAGGCCGAUGACACCGAUGAGAGUGAGCGGGAAUGUGGGCGCACCAGCGACUCCGAACUGCAGAGCUCCACGAGCAGCAGCGAGCCGUCCUGGGUGACGGACAGCAGCGAAGAAGAGGAUGGCGGCGGCAGCGACGACGAGGCGGAGAGCGCUCCAGUCGCCGCUGGCGCCACGAGCCGACGCAGUGCCGCGGAGCCGCCGAAGCGAGGCGGCGGUGGUGGCCGUCUAUUCCAGGGCGGCGGCGAUGGCGUCUGGGACGAAGAUUGA